AGAAAUACAUGUUUUGCCGAUAAUGGCGUAGGCGUUUCAGAGUGGAUCUUCUUUACGUGACCCAUCACCCAUUCACCCCCUUUUUCCCACACCCAAAACACUCACCAACUCUCUCUAUUCUUCACAAAAAGGUGUCAAUAGUAUACAAAGCACAAACCCCCUCUCUCUCUCUCUCAUCAUUUUAUCCCCAUAUUUGAUCACUUUCUUUUCUCCAUUUUACAAUUUCUUGCUUCUUAUUCUUGAUCAAAAACAGAGCUAACCCAUAUCAUGAUUUCUCAGCACUUCUUAUUCCCCAUCUGAUCAUUAAUCUUGGUGAUCAAGAUUUGAUUUUUAUCUGAUUAUAAUUUGAUUUUGAUCUCUUAACAAUAAUGGGUAACGUUGGGAGUAACAGCUCCAACGGCCGGCGAAGACACAGCGGCAGCAGACGUGGAACCACCCAAAACCACCCUGCACCACCACCGCCGCAACCACCACAGCCGGAGAUCAACGCCAAUCGAUACGUAUUCGCCGCAGCCACACCAUACCCUUCCCAAUACCCUAACCCUAACCCUAAUUCAUCUGCCCCUCAUCCCCCUUAUUACCAAUACCCCACCGGAGCAUACUACCCGCCGCCGCCGCCCGCAGCACCGUUACCUGCUCCGUACGAUCACCACCACCGUGUGCCGGUGGACCCUGCCGCUCAGGCGAUGGUGGGUGGGAGGUACCCUUGUGGGCCUGUGAUGCACUCGCCUACACCUUAUGUUGAUCACCAAAAGGCGGUUACUAUUAGGAAUGAUGUUAAUCUCAAGAAAGAAACUUUGAAGGUUGAACCUGAUGAACAAAACCCUGGGAAGUUUCUUGUUGUUUUUACUUAUGAUGCCACUGUUGCUGGCAGCAUUACCCUCUAUUUCUUUGCGAAAGAAGGCGAAGACUGUAACAUGAGUGCAACAAAAGAAGACGUGCUUCCACCAAUCACAGUGAGCUUCCAACAAGGUUUGGGCCAGAAAUUCCGACAAGAAUCCGGGACUGGUAUCGACUUCUCAGCAUUUGACGAAUCAGAAUUGGUAAAAGUGAGUGAAACAGGGGUAUAUCCUCUAGCAAUAAAAGCAGAAGCAACUCCACACGUAUCAGAAGACGGGACAACAGACGCUAAAUCUACCAAUUCUCAGAUAACCCAAGCAGUGUUUGAGAAAGAUAAGGGUGAAUAUCAAGUUAGAGUAGCCAAACAGAUCUUGUGGGUUAAUAAAAUGCGAUACGAAUUGCAGGAGAUUUACGGAAUUGGUAAUUCGGUAGAUGGUGGUGAUUUUGAUGGAAAUGAUCCUGGUAAAGAAUGUGUUAUAUGUUUAUCCGAACCUCGGGAUACUACAGUUCUUCCUUGCCGUCACAUGUGUAUGUGCAGUGGGUGUGCUAAAGUAUUGAGGUUUCAGACGAACCGGUGUCCGAUAUGCAGGCAGCCUGUGGAGAGGCUUUUGGAAAUUAAGGUGAGCAAUGGAGCUGAAGAAGAGUGAUUAUUACCAUAAAUCAUCAACAUUUUAUGUUGUAAUGCUGUUUUUCUUAUGAAACAUGUUUGUAUGUUUGUGUAUUCAAGUUGAUUGGUGUUUUUAAGUUUUGUUUU